CUGAAGUGCGGGCAGAAGCCGACGUGCGCGUGCGCAACGCUCCUUGUAAGCUUCGGGCCGCGAGAGGCCGACUGUUGCGAGAGGCUAGUUGAGCGUCCCUGAAAGGUUACGCGACAGCUGCCGUUUGGAUUCCGCGGGACGGUGGGCUCCGGACGCACAGGCGCAGCAGCUUGUAUGGUGCUUCCGGAACUGCGUCCCGAGACCUUUUUGGCGCCGACCGCGGCGCGACCUGGGAUCACGGCCGGGAGGGCCGGCUCUGGGUUCCGGUUCCCCGCGGCACCAUGCGCUACAACGAGAAAGAGCUGCAGGCGUUGUCCCGCCAGCCAGCUGAGCUGGCGGCCGAGCUGGGCAUGCGGGGUCCCAAGAAGGGCAGCGUGGUGAAGCGGCGGCUAGUGAAGCUGGUGGUGAAUUUUCUCUUCUACUUCCGCACGGACGAGGCCGAGCCUGUCGGAGCUCUGCUGCUGGAGCGCUGCACCGUCGCCCGGGAAGAACUCAGCGGCUUCUCCAUAAGCUUCAUGGAGGACCCGGAGAGGAAAUACUACUUCGAGUGCUGCAGUGAGGAGCAGUGCCAGGAGUGGAUGGAGGCUCUGCAUCGGGCCAGCUAUGAGUUUAUGCGAAGAAGCCUCAUCUUCUACAGGAACGAGAUCCAGAAGAUGACAGGCAAGGAUCCCCUGGAGCAGUUUGGCAUAUCAGAGGAGGCCAGGUUUCAGCUGAGCAGCUUGAAGGCAUGAGACCAGGGCAUGGGCAGUCAGCCCUGUCCCCCCUGAGCUGGACCUCCUGCCAGGCCCUGGUUUUACUGGGCCAAGCCUGGACUAAGGGGGAGUUGUUUGCUGUAAAGACUUCCAAAGCCUGAGGCGGGUACAGGUGGGCAGGGGCUGUCUUUUGGGGAAAACCACCUGGCAAGCCUCUCUCCCUGUGCCUCAGGACCUCUUGGACUGGUCUAGCACCUUGUCAUGUGCUGCUGCCUGGCACAAGUAUCCACUCCCAGGAGCUCUGCCCUGAAUCCUUAGCUGUGUCCAGCAAGGGCUUGGCAUGCACCUGGUCCUCUGUGGCUCCAGUUCUGUGCCAGGUGAAUGUACUAAGCUAGAUGAUGCUGUGAAUGGCAAGGGAGCUAGUUCUCCCUCAGCUGUGAAUCUGCCUGAACCCUGCAGAGGCAGUCAGCCUGGGUCAGCAUGCUUGUUUUAUUCAAAUAAAGGUACCUCUCUUCCAUGCUGGGUGGUAAUGAAGCGAAGGCUGAGGGAACAGGGCAGCUUCCCCAGACUGGAAGCCCUCUCCUUUGAAGGAGAUGAGGUACUCAGAGAAUGAUGUCUCCUCCAGGCUUCAGUGUUUUCAGUGCCUGAGGAAUAGGGACUGAGCCAGGAAAGGUGUGGGAGGCUGGGAUCCCAGGGAUGGGGAUGCAGUGGGUCACACGAAUCCUAAGGUGACCUGCAGUCCCACCCUUGGUGUUCAGGGACUGCCCUUGGGUGUGGCUGGGACCUCUACUGGCUUUUCACCCAUAGGAUCAGGCAAAGGCCAAGGGUUUUGCUCAUGUUGUCAGGGCCUGAAGUCAGUUGGGUCUGAGUUGGUCGGAAGGCAGGGUGUUCUAGUGGACCGACUCAACUGGACGUGGUCCCUCCCACCCACAGCUGCUGCCUUGUGUCACCAGGAAGAAACCAUUCAGACCAGUUUCAGGUGAAAAGUUUUUAUUACAGCAUCUGAAGGUGGAAAUGCAGAACGCAGCAGGAAUGCCAUGGGAGAGGCCAGGCAGCAGCUCACAGGGCUACUUUGACAAUGCACGCAACUGAAAUCAGAGCUUUCUGUAAAGACAAUGCAAAGCUUCAAGUUACAAAGUCUCUCGGACAUGAGAAAAAGCAGCAGCCUGAUUGGAAGGACCAUUUGACCAAAUGAUAGGUGGAUGGGAAGGGGGGGGGGGUCCCCUGUUGACCCCUGAGCAGAAGGACUGGUCCUGUGGGCAGAUAAAUAAGUCACCAUUUGCUGGCUGGAUCCUACUGGCCAGGCAGGCCCCUUAGCAGGGCCUCAAGGGCUAUCUUAGGACUCUUAGGGGUUCCUGAGCAAGGGCCACCUGACAGCCUUCCAGGUUUCCCUGGAGUGGCCUGCUGUCAGCAACAGCAUUCCACCCAGGCGCCAGCGCCUGAGACCACCAGGCCCUAUGGCCAUCCUGUGCCCACUGCCUGCCUCCCUACACGUUCUAAGGGCAUCUGUCCUGGGACUGAUGAAACGGGGGCAAAGGAGGGGAGGCUGGGUUCAUCAGUAAUGUGUCAGUGCACCUGUGACCCUCAGUAGGCUUGGGAGGGGAUUUCCACCCUUGCCAGCUGCACCUGAGACCCAGCAUCAGUGUCAGUGUGUCCUGAACACAAAGCAUUUCAUGUUUCAAAGCUGAAGUACACAUGUAGACAUGGGUUUCUAGGUGGGUGAGUUGCACAUGGGCCAUCAGAAGCCCAGCAGUACAGGACCUGCACUGGCACCCAAGCCGCCAUGUCCCUGGGAGUGGCAGGCAGAAGCGUUCAGUGUUUAUAAAAGAAUAUAUUUUGUUCUAGACCACCUCUGCUUUAACCCUGCAGCAUCUGAGGGAGCCACGCUGGGUGGCUGCCCUAUCCUGAAGGCCAGGGCACAGCACCUACGAACUGAGAGCACCAACGUGGAGGAAAAGGAGCCAAAGUGGCCACCUACGGGAGAACAGGCCAGUUUUAAAUAUAGGUCAUGAGCACCAUCUUCAGAAUCUACUGAUAGGGUGGAGGGGGUCUGAGACACAGGCUGUAGGGGGCAGCGCUGGGUCUAGGUGGGAUGGGAGAAGACCAGCCCCUUUGGAUGAACAGGCUUCUUCCAGGCUUCCUGCCCUCAGGUGGAAACUGAGGACAGGGCUCUCUCCAGGAGCUCCCCCCAUUGCUGGGGGAUACUUGCCCUGGCCAUGUCCAACAGGCUAGCAGAGCUGGGCCCCAGUAAGGCAGAAGGGAAUGGGAAGCACUGGGAUAACUCAUGGCCCUUUUGGAAAGCAAGGUCUCCAGAGUGAAACACUUGUGAACGGGCCCAUUGAAGCUCAGGGCACACACCUCAGGGUCAGAAGCACCAGGACCAACUGCUGUUUACCAACCCUAGCAGGUGGCCUCUGGCCAACACUGACCAUAAUCAGGGGACCUAGGGCUUCCAAACCCUUCACAUAGCCAGACUGUCCUGCCUUCCCGCCAAGCUCAGCCUUUGCUCUCCAGUCCAAAGCCCCAUCAGGCUACUAAAGUGGAGGGGAGGGGGUGCAACAGCAUCAACCCGAGGCCCAGAGACAUAAGGCUCCAGCAGACAUGUCUGAGCUCUGUUGUACCCACAGGAGCUACAAAAACCUACAGACACGAAUACUGAACACAAACCUAAUCACCAGGCUAUGCAGCAGCUUUGGGCACCUGUGGCUGCACAAGGCAGGGUCUGUGGUGUACACUUUUGAAUAAAUAAAAGGUUUUUCCCCUUUUCUUUCAUUUUUUUUAAGUUCACUGUGCAUUAUAUCAUCUAAAAAUAAAUGCAGUCAAGUCUAUGAAAUGUAUAAAUUUUCAUCACAUCUAUAAAAUACUGCCACUUAUCAGCGUGACUCUCUCCUAUACAGAAACACCAGGGACCCAUGACUGGCCUGCCCACAUCACAUAGCAUAAUUCGAGCCCACAACAGCAAAGAAAUACAAAGUAAAUGCACUUGUUACACAGGCCAACCCAGCCAGUCUAGGGUGACCCCUCCUCAGAGCACCACUCAGAACAGACCAUGGAGCCAAGCUGGGGGCCUACUACUCUCAGCUGCAGAAUGCCACAUUGCCACACACACCCUGUUCAUAUGCCAAAGGCACCGAUCCUAAGCCCUGAGGGUUAACAGUCUGGGUGUGCUCACAGUGACAGAGUAGGAGGGGGUGAUCCAGGGCAGGCACAGGGACUUAAAGGAGGAAGGGUCUGAAAGGUUGGCUUGGGCCCCUCUGGGAAGAGGCCGCCUUUAAGGAGCGUCACAACAGGCAGGCAUGCCUUUGGUAUAGGAACGGAGUGGUGGCAGGAGCCAGUAGGCAGGUGUUUCUGAGAACUGGCAUCAGCAUUGGUCAGCA